CUGGUAUAGCGAGAUCAAAAUGUCGUUUGGAUUCUCAAACGUCAGUGAAUCCAGUAUUCCAAACAUUACCUUUGGCUACAGUGAUUCCAACAUGUCUAACACAACAGCUGAAGCACAAGAGCAUGUCUUGGAUUGCAAAUGGCACCUUCCAUUAAUGGAGUGGUUGAAAGUUGCUAUGUUAACAUUUGGUUUUAUUGGAAACGGACUGACAUUGUUCAUAAUUACUCUGAAAAAGGAUUUACACAAUAAAACGUUUGCUGUCAUUGCCUGCCUCGCUUUUUCUGAUUGUAUCUACUGUUUGGGGGGAUUAUUGUGGGGUCUUAUGUACUAUGCCUACAUGGACCCAACUAACUAUAGAAACCUGCAAAAUUGUACCGGUGAAUUCUUAUACCAAUACAUAAAGAAAGUGAUUAUAGUUCUUAUGUCUUCAACAUACCUUGCCUCUGGCUUUUUAAUUGCUGUUCUAUCAGUGUUCCGGUACAUCAUCAUUUCUUACCCGCUUAAAGCAAACAUUCUUCUGACCAAAGGAAUUGUUAUAAUGACCAUCGGUGUGGUUUUUAUCGCUUCCUUUAUCUUUGGGGUUUUAAAAAGUUUCGUUUUAAGCGAGAAAAUCGAGAGAACAGUUGAUGUUUUUGUUUCUUAUCUCGCACCUCUAAGUAUCAUGGUGAUAUUCCAUGCUCUUAAAAUAAUUAAUCUCAAAAGGAAUAAUCUGCAGACGACAAACUCCUCGGUACGGAAGAUGGAAGUGAUCGUUGUCAUGGUGGUGCUUGCUUUCUUUCUUCUACUUCUGCCGUGGCACGUGCUGGCAAUCCUGUUCGAGUUCGGGCUUUACUCUCCAGAGUAUGUGGCACAAACCGUUUCCUCUCUCCUCUUCCAACUCAAUAACUGCAUUAACCCUGUGUUUUAUGCCUUCCUGUCGCCUCGUGUCAGGGAGGGGAUAUGUCCUUGUUGUGUUCGGAAGAAGAAAAAGACAAGAAAUGUAACAGACACUCAGUCUUCAUCUAUAGCGAACAGUUCCAGCUGUUCUACAAUUCAAUCAGCAACUUUUACUUCAUUUCAACAAACCACCUGA